GGCUGAAAUGAUAGAGAUUCCCCCCUGUGGAACCAGAGCAUGAAAUUUUAUCAUCUCCGGAUAUUUCCAGGAGACUACUACAAUGACAGAUCCUUCAGUGAUGGAUCACCUGACACGACUGAAACUCAAACUCCUAGAAAAGAGACUAGAAAAUGAACAGGAGAACCUAGAGAAGAUGGAGUCACCUCUCCCAGCUGCAACUAAAAGGAACAGAUGUGAGGAUAUACUCCAAAGUGCCCUAAGGCGAAGGAAAGAUCUCCUGCAGGAGCUUAGGGAGCAGCACCUUCUGGAAGAGCUUUCACAGCCCCCUGCACCAGCUGGAGGACACUGUCAUAACCACAGAGCUACGCCCCCACAUGUCUACCAGAUACCUUUCCCAGCUCCCAAAGUGGAGCCACCAAGGAUUAUCCAGCAGACAAUGCCGCCUCAGCCCGCCACCAUCAUCCAGCAGUUACCUCAGCCACCCCCCCUGAUCACACAGAUCCCCCCUGCCCAGCCUUUUGCAGACCCUUGCUCCAGAAGCAUUAAAGAAGAUAUGGUAGAGAUGAUGCUGAUGCAGAAUGCUCAGAUGCACCAGAUCAUCAUGCAGAACAUGAUGCUCAAGGCUCUUCCACCAAUGGCGUUCGCACAGUCUGCUGGAGCUAGCUCUCCCUUGAUUCAGCAUGCACAGCAGGACCUGCAGUUUGCUGCUCCCUUGGCUGUGAAAGCAGACAGGCCCUGGCCACCUGCGGUGCACCACCACCACCACUACCCUCCCACAGCAGUACUCCCAGUGCCUGAUGGAAGCUUCCCAUCCACAACCACAGCACAUCACUGGACCAGCAGCAUGCUCCCUGCCCUGCCUAUAUACACUUGUCCUACAGUAACUACCUAUCCAGGGAACUAAAGAUGAGCAGGAACAAUCCAAAUGCAAGUUAUCUGCAUAGAAGAGAAAAACCCUGGCACUGGAUUUUCCUGAAGACCAGCACUCUGCCCUACCUGUGUCAGUUGGCUUUACUCACUAUUUGGAUAAAUAAUUCUCAGUGGAGAAGAAAAGAAAGAAAUCUGCUCCUGCAGCUAUUGGGUUUCGACAUUGAAGUGCAAUGUUAACUGCAGUCCAUGUUUUCUGCCCCAGGAGGACUCUGACUCUCAGUCUCUCAAGAUUUCACAUUUACAAAGCUACCCACAGUUUUCUUCUGAAAGAGCUAUUGGAGGAUGAUUUAAGCUGUCUGAAAUUGUGUAUAUUUGUUUCAUUAUUUCUAAACCUCUCCCUCAUAUAAUCAGGGUUUUGACUCAAUUAAAAAAAAAUAUCCUGAGGCUCUUCCUUGGAUAUUGGCAUGUCUUUUUCUUCAGCAACAUAAAUCAAACACUAUUCCUCUCUUUACUUUUCCCACUGAUUUUCGGAGGGCAGGCUUUAAUCCAAGCCCAUGCUAUCCUAUUCUUUUUGUUUUCAUUUAGGACUUCCUCAGAAGGCUCACUCAGUGUUUUAAUCAAGCUAUACUUUUUCAUGCUCUCAGCAGCCUGGUUGUGUUUAAUAGAGAAAGAUAAACAACGAAUUACUAGCGUUUUCUCCAUGUCUUCCCCCUUUCUCCUGUUUUUAAAGUGGAGAACAUCUUUAUGUUGUUAUUGCCUGGUGCAGUUUGGGAGUGAAUCUGAUGAAGAUAACCCAGGGACAUAAAUUUUGUUUGGAAUGGUUAUCCAGAAGAGAAAAUGUUGCACUGGGCAUAGAUAGUCCCUUAGAGGCAAAGCUUAGUCUGGUUUGCCAGAACUAUUGUCAGUAGCGAAGGAGAUACAUUUGGCAGCAAGAAGCUGAUGUGCAUCAUCUCAGAAGAAAAAACUUUCAUACUGGCCCAUUUACUGUACCACAAAGCACUGCUCACCGAUGGGUUGGGUGCUUCCCCAUGUCUCCGUGCCUCCAGAGCAGGCACACGGGCAGCAGUCGAGGCUGCUUUUUGCAGAAAGCAGUAUUACAAGACCAGCUUUAGUUACAUAAUUUUAUGCUGUGUUAUCCACAGGAGUCCAUUAAUUAAUUGGCAUACCUUAAAGUGCUGGUCUCAAAUUGGUAAGCCAGGGUGGUGCAGGAAUCUGUAAAGCCUACUGGACAUGUACGCAAAGGGUGCUGUGAGUGCUAUUUCCAAAUAAUAACUGUCACUGCUAGAAGCUAAUGUUAUGCUGUCUGUGGUCUGAAAAUAAUGAAAAAUCAUUUACUAUGUAAAACUUACCUUGCUCUUUGCCCUCUCUUCUAUUUUCUUUGCUGGGUGUGUGUAAGUCAAUGAGAUAGCAUGGAUCAAUUCACUACUGCUGGAUGGUCUUCCACAGAGACUCAUUUGGACACAGUGCCAGGGCCCAUAGGCACUAAUAGCCUUUAACAACCCCAGCCAGCCCCCACCUGGGCCCCUGCCCUCCCUAAGGCCAGCAGUCCAUUUAACCUUGGGCCUGGGGCUGCUUGUGGGUCCUGUUGACCCUGUCCUGCAUGUGUCCUCUCCUUGCAUGGUACUGCAGGUUGGGACUAUGGCGUGGUGCUUGCUCCCCCGUCCCAUUGAGAUCUGCUGGCCCUUGCUGCACCAGGAACUAAGAUGUGCAACGGAGAAUUGUACUAUGCUUGUGUGGGGACUUGGUCUUGCUCCUUUGAGACAAAUCUGCUGUUGUGGGCUGUGCAUUGCAGGUUUA